AUGAGGAGAGUUACCGGACUCGCUGCACGCACAAUCUCAUCCUCCAUCGCCGUCCAUUCCCGGCUCGCUCAGACCACAGCGAUGAUGUCAUCGAUUUCUUCCUCCGAUCCUCUCUCCCGGAGAUUCGGUGCUCUACCAACGCCGUCUUUUGCCGGAGGCGUUGCUGGGAUUGUCUUCUUCUCCGCCGCUGCGGCUUCGUCUCUCGGUCAGGAAGUUCACGCCAAGGAAAUGGCCCAGAAGUUUAACCCUAAAGAAGUUGUUCUCUACCAGUACGAGGCUUGCCCUUUCUGCAACAAGGUCAAAGCGUUCUUGGAUUUCAACAAGAUCCCAUACAAGAUUGUUGAAGUGAAUCCUAUGAGUAAGAAAGAGAUAAAAUGGUCUGAAUAUAAGAAGGUGCCCAUCCUUACUGUAGAUGGUGAACAAUUGGUUGAUUCUUCAGCGAUAAUCGAUAGCUUAUUCCAAAGGAUGCACCCGGAUAUUUCAAAGCAUGAAGAUGAUGAAGAGACUAAAUGGCGCAAGUGGGUGGACAAUCACCUUGUGCAUCUUUUGUCACCAAACAUAUACAGGAAUGCUUCAGAGGCUUUGGAAUCCUUUGAUUACAUCACCACCCAUGGCAAUUUCAGUUUCACAGAAAGAUUAGUGGCAAAGUAUGCAGGAGCAACGGCAAUGUACUUUGUGUCAAAGAAACUGAAGAAAAAAUAUAAUAUAACAGAUGAACGUACAGCUCUUUACGAUGCUGCUGAGACAUGGGUUGAUGCCUUGAACGAGCGUCCAUACCUUGGUGGGACGAAACCAAACUUGGCUGAUCUUGCGGUAUUUGGUGUUCUGAGGCCAAUAAGGUACCUUAGAUCGGGUAAAGAUAUGGUGGACAACACACGCAUAGGCGAAUGGUACUCUCGAAUGGAGAACACGGUCGGAGAGCCUUCAAGGAUCAAAGAGUAA